AGACUUGCUCACGAAGGAUGAUAGUCGUAUUUAAAAAUGUCAAAUUAGUUUUGGUACACUUAUUAUAAGAUUUAAACUGAAAAUAAAUUAAUUUUUGUAAAUAUUUUUAAAAAUUAGUUAGAAAAAUAAUUUAUGGAAUGGGUGAUAAAUCAUUCAACGAAAAUCUGGAAAAUGUUAUUCAACAUAGCGAUUCAAAAGUCAAUGAUAAUUCGAAUUUAUCUACUAUAUUUAAAAAGAAAUUCAAAGAUCGAUCACUAAGAAAAAAAGUAUCUUCAGAUGAAGAAGAAGGUGAAGAAGACACGUUAUUAAGCAAACUUGAAGAAAUGAAAACUAUACAAAAACUAAGAGAUCGUCCUAAUGGUAUUAAUAUAGUAAGCCUUGCAUUAGGAGAAAAACUUUCCCAAGAAGAAGAAAAACUAAUGGUUGAUCCAUUUAAAGUAAAAACUGGGGGUUUAAUUAAUAUGACAGCUUUGAAAACAGGACAAGUGACUCAAGUGGAUGAUGCCUAUGAUGUUGGAAUUGGAACUCAAUUUUCAGCAGAAACCAAUAAAAGAGAUGAAGAUGAAGAAAUGAUGAAAUACAUUGAUGAACAAGUUGCAUUGAGAACUGGAAGAGUUAAAAAUAAAGAUGAUGAUGACACUAAUACUUUAAAUAAAUCUAAUUAUUGUCCUCCUGAAUUAGCAGCUUUACAAGCUGUUCCAAUACACUUAAGAAGUUCAACUACCCAUCGUUCUGAAGAAAUGUUAUCUAAUCAAAUGCUCAGUGGUAUACCUGAAGUUGAUCUUGGAAUUGAGGCUAAGAUAAAAAAUAUUGAAGCUACAGAAGAGGCUAAAAUGAAACUUAUUAGAGAUCGUCACAAUAAAAAUGAUGGGCCAUCACAAUUUGUACCUACUAAUAUGGCAGUAAAUUUUAUUCAACACAAUAGAUUUAAUUUGGACAAUGUUAUACAAACAGGAAAAAAAAAUAAUAUACCAUCAUCAGAAAAACAUAUUCAAGUAAACUCGAACGAUAAUGUUGAUAAAAGGAAAAAAAGAGAUAAUGCUACAGAUGAUUUUCAUUAUGAAAGAUUUAAAAAACAAUUUCGAAAAUAUUAAAGAUUUUAGAAUGUAAUACUUUUAAUAAAAAAAUAACAAUAAUUGGUUUAUUUUAAAAUUAGUAUUGUCAUAUGAUUUUGUUAAAAAAAAAGUAUUACACAAAAUUAAUUUGUCAUUAAACUUAUAUAUUAGUAAACAUUUCUAUUAUUGUAAUAAAUUUCA